AUGAGUGAUGAAAAGGUAGUUCUAAGUAUUUUGGAUGACCUUUUGGAGGUGGUGACAGUGAGAAAUUAUGAAAUCAUCGAAAAAUAUGGGGAUGAAGCGCCAAGGAGAAGUAAUAGAUCGACUUUCAGUCAAACAUCAAUAUAUAAACUCUGCCGGAUAUGUUACGACAACUUGAGAUAUCCGAUAAUCUAUCCCUGCAAGUGUAAGGUGAGUGACAUACCUGGGAGAAACGAUCUUCUUGGCACGAUGGGUGCAGUUCACCAGCCCUGCCUUGAAAGAUGGCUGGAGGAGUCUAACAGAUCUAGUUGUGAGGUAUGUGGUUUCGCUUUCGACGUAGAACGCACCCCACGGCAUCAACCCCUCCACUCUCUCGUGAUAUUUAUCAAGAAGUCCCCUGGGGAUCUUCAAAUCUCCAUACGACCACCAAAGAUCGACCUCAUACGUUGUAUGGUCCUAACGACCAUGACCCUCGCUGCAAUAUACAUCUUCAUCGUUGCUGGGGAUUUUUAUUCAUCAAAUAAUUUUGAUAACUUUCCCCCAGCAAAGUGGACGAACUAUUCCCUUAUUUUUCUCAUAUUUCUAAUAGUAUUUUCAUACUUUAUGUGGACAUUUUGGACCCUUGAUUACCAUAAAAAUGUUUGGUACUGGUGGUGGCAGAAAACAAGUACCGUCAGAAUGAAUUAUCAUCGUCACUCGGUAGAUGAGAGGAAAAAUUUGAAUUUGAGUUGCAGUCGCGCGAUCUCGAGAGUCUGA